AUGGCAGAGCGGCGGCUGCUGCUGCUGCUUCCUUCCCUGGCUUUUCUCGCCUUCUUCCACCCGGCCACAGGAGCCAUGGACGUCUGCUACAACUCCCAGGGCCACGCCCAGCGUUGCAUGCCCAUCUUCGAGAACGCAGCCUUCGGCCGGCAGGCGCAGGCCUCCAACACGUGUGGUUGCCCCCCCGAAACCUACUGCUUGCAGAUGGGCACGCGGGAAUCCAGCACCCUGUGCCACCGUUGCGAUUCGGACGACCCCCUGGCGCACCACAACGCCUCUUACCUGACCGACUUCCACAGCCAGGAAGAGCCGACUUGGUGGCAAAGCCAGUCCAUGGCCUUUGGGGUUCAGCACCCCACCUCCGUCAACAUUACUCUGCACUUGGGGAAGGCUUAUGAAAUCACCUACGUGAGGCUGAAAUUCCACACCAGCCGCCCGGAGAGCUUCGCCAUUUACAAAAGGAGCCGGGCCGAGGGGCCGUGGAUCCCCUACCAGUUCUACAGUGCCUCUUGCAAGAAGACUUACGGGAAGGCGGAACGGCAGUUUUUGAGAUCAGGAGAACACGAGCGAGUGGCCUUUUGCACGGAUGAGUUCAGCGACAUAUCUCCUCUCAGUGGGGGAAACGUGGCCUUUUCCACCUUAGAAGGCCGGCCCAGUGCCUACAGUUUUGACCAGAGUCCACUCCUCCAGGAAUGGGUGACCUGUACCGAUCUCUUGAUCUCUUUGGAUCGCCUUAACACCUUCGGGGAUGACAUCUUCAAAGACCCCAAAGUGCUCCAGUCUUACUAUUACGCCAUCUCAGACUUCUCCGUCGGGGGAAGGUGUAAGUGUAACGGCCAUGCCAGUGAAUGCAUCCCUAAUGAAGAAGACCGACUGGUUUGCCUCUGCCAACACAAUACUACUGGGGUAGACUGCAAUAUGUGCCAGCCAUUCUACCAGGACCGUCCCUGGGCAAGGGGCACCGCUGAGUCAGCCAACGAAUGCCUUCCGUGCAACUGUAGUGGUAGAUCGGAGGAAUGCUAUUACGACUGGGAACUCUACCGGCGCACCGGGCAUGGUGGUCACUGUGUGAAUUGCUGGGACAACACUGCCGGACCCCACUGUGAAUACUGCCGGCCAAAUUUUUAUCGUUGGGAUGAUGAAAUGGCGUGUCAGCCCUGCAAUUGCAACCGAGCAGGUUCUUUGAAUCCUCAGUGCGAUGCUGCAGGGAAGUGUGAGUGCAAAGCGACAGUGACAGGCUGGAAGUGCGAGCGAUGCCAGGAAGGCUUCCAUUCCCUGAGUGAAGGAGGGUGCAGGCCUUGUGCUUGUAACUCCGCUGGCAGUCUCGGGGUGUGUGACCCCAAUUCAGGGCACUGCAGGUGCAAGAAGAAAGUGGAAGGGUACCUGUGCAACAGAUGUCAGCCCGGCAGUUUUAACCUACAACCUGACAACCCAGAAGGAUGCACAAGUUGCUUCUGCUACGGACACUCAACCGUCUGUGCAGCAGCUCCAGGGUACGAAGACUGUCACGUUGUCUCUGACUUCAGACUAGGGCUUGGUGGCUGGAAAGCAGAGAACUCGGCUGGGAAAGAGGCUUCACUGCGCUGGGAUGGGGACGUCGCCUUCGUUGACCGAAAUGAACAGGAGGUGACUGGGUUUAAGGCACCAGAGAAAUUUCUAGGCGAUCAGCGUUUCAGCUACGGCCAGCUUCUCUCGGCCGUCCUUCACUUCGGAGACAACUCAACCGAUGCUUCUUCUUCUCCUACCGUCCAGUUAAUUCUGGAAGGCAACGGGGUCUCUUUAUCAGCGAUACACGAGAACCCGGAAGAAAGAGAGAACGAAAUUCCAUGCACAGAACGGAUCGUGUCCUUCAGGUUGCACGAGGCGGAGGAAGCCAUGAAUUUGGUCCUGUCGCCUUUCCAGUUCCAGCGGAUGCUUUCCAAUCUGACGAAGCUUCAGAUCCAAGUUAAAAGUAGACCUUCCUCUGCAGGCAGGAUUGCGCUGAAGGAGGUUCGCCUGGCCUCCGCCUGCCCCGGUUCCUCCCGGGGGGCUCCGUGGGUGGAAGAGUGCCUCUGCCCGCAGGGCUUCCAAGGCCGGUUUUGCCAGUUGUGCGCUCCGGGUUACAAACGGUCGAUCCCUUGGGGGGGGCCGUUUGCAAGUUGCGUGCCUUGUACCUGCAACCAGCACGGGAGCUGCGACCCCAAUUCUGGCAUCUGCCAAUGUCUUCACAACACCGAAGGGCCCGCUUGUGAGCGAUGUGCUGUGGGGUACUAUGGCAACCCUUUCCUUGGCCAGCCUGAUGACUGCCAACCUUGCCCGUGUCCGGGGCAAGGGCCUUGUGCAACCAUGCUGGACAGCCAAGAAAUUGUCUGCACGCAUUGUCCCCCGGGACAGAGAGGUCGCCUCUGUGAAUUAUGUGAUGACGGUUUCUUUGGGGAUCCCCUGGGGAGGAACGGAAGUCUGCGUCCUUGCAACAGCUGCGAUUGCCGUGGCAACACGGACCCCAACGCAGUGGGCAAUUGUGACACCUUCACCGGCCGCUGCCUGCGCUGCUUGUACAACACUGCAGGGGAGCAUUGCGAACGGUGCCAGGAGGGCUUCUAUGGGGAUCCCUUGGCUGCCAACCCAGCCACCAAGUGCGCACCCUGCAGCUGUAACCCUGAUGGCUCCACUCACGGGCCCAAAACUUGUGAUCCGGUUUCUGGACAGUGUCGCUGCCUUCCCAAUGUAACCGGACGAGAGUGUACCCAGUGCCUGGAAGGCUAUUUUGACCUACAGCCAGGGGUGGGGUGCAGAAGUUGCCAGUGCCACCCGGUGGGAGCCCAGAGCAACAUCUGUCACCCCGUCACAGGGCAAUGCAUCUGCCACCCUGGCGUCACAGGGCUAUCGUGCCAUCAGUGCCAGGAUGAGUUCUUUGGAUUCUCUGCCCAGGGCUGCCAAGCCUGCAACUGUUCCCAGAUUGGUUCGGUUUCCCUCCAGUGCCACAGCAACAGCAGUUGUGACUGUAACAAGGGCUUUGUGGGUAACAAGUGUGACCAGUGUGAUGUGAACUACUUCUUUGACCCGGGAAGUGAGCAAUGCCAGGAGUGUCCCCGCUGCUACGGCCUUGUGAAGGAGGAGACGGACAGAGUGAUUGACAAGCUGACCGAAAUGGAAGCCUGGUUCCAGAGGCCCAGCUGUGACCGAUCCAAAGGCGGAUAUCAUCACGUGAUGCUUGGCGAGAGCCCCCGGGGAGACAACCUUCAGCAGCCGUACCUGUUGGAAGGUGCCAAAGCUGCCUUCUUGGAGAAGAUGACGGAUCUGAAGGACUCGUUGGAGGAUGCCGGCCAUCGGCUGAGCAACGCCAGCAGAACCAUCGCUUGUGAUGGUCAGCGGGCUGCCAAAGUGUGCGGGCUCCUUUCCGACGUAUCCUCCACCCUGCGGUCCACCCAGGAGGAGAUCCAGCUGGCCACGGAGGUCCUGGGAAGCCUGGAAUUUUCUUCUGAAAUCUCUUAUCAGUCUACAAACUGGAGCCGCCAGGUGAUCAGAUCCAGCACUUUGGCCCGCAGCCAUGUUGAAAUUGCAUCCUUGGUGGAAGGCCUGGCCAGAAGAGCCAUCCAGGCAUCCCACUCCAGUUAUCGUCUUCUCCAAAACGUUGCAAAUGUCAGCAAGAUGGAAGAGUUCAGGCAAGAGAUGGAAGAGAGUGGUGAGAAAAUCAAUAGGACCCAAAAAACCCUCGUCUUGCAAAUAGAAGAUGCUGAGAAGCUGGUUUCAGGCCAUCAGAGCAACACAACCCUGGCUCAGACGGAUACUUUGGAGCUGCGCCCUCUGGUGGAGAAAGCUGGAAAUCUGGUCCAAGAAGCCGAGGAAAUCCAGCAACUGAUUGAAACGAAACACGGGUUGACAACCGACAAAACCUUGGCAGUAGAAACUGGGUUAAAGGAAAUGCUGCAGAGGAUUCGGCCCUUGGAAGAGCUAUGGCAGAGAACGAACAAUGCACAGGCACUGGCCGAGUCCUCCCUGGCCAACGGAGAGGCCGUGGUGUCCGAAGCGAAGGCUUUGGUGACCACACUGGAUGGAAUAAAGACCCUGAUGGCAGACCCUAAAGGCCGCGCUGCGGUCAGGAGGAAGCGGGUUGCGGUGCGUGGCCGGACGAUUGUGGAGACCCAGAGGAAGAUCAGGCAGGCCCAGAAAGCCCUGGGGAAUUCCGGGACCGUUUCCGCAAAGGCCUUCGCGGUUGCCCGUGAGGGGGAAUCGGCCGCGAGGAAAAAUGCCCAGGCGGCCGAAGGGGUCCUAAGACGGGCCAAGGAGGAGAGGAAGCAGGCUAGCCGAAUGUCUGCCACGGUUGCUCUCACCCUGGUUACCGAGAUUUCCAGGCAAGAAGACAAGGCCAGAGAACUUCAGGCCCAACUUGGGAAACCUGCGGAGGCUGCAGUGGGCAUGAAGACGCUCGGCCAGAACCUCCAAGCGGCCCAACGCUCCUUGGAGAUGGACAUUAAGGCCCUCCAGCAUCUGCUCUCCAAACUAGGAAACCUGGAUGGGUCCGCAGCUGUGCUCCGUGCGAGCCAGGUCCAGCUGGCAAGCUUGAGGCUGCGUCUGGCGGGACCUGGAGCCCUGAAUGAGACCCUGGGCAUCUUGGUACAGGAAGCCGAGGAGCAGAAGGCAUCGCUGGAAGCCUUCGAAGAAGAUCUGGCAGAGAUCCAGAGUGACAAGGGGAACCUAGAGGCCAUUCUUCAGAGCUUGCCCAGCGGCUGUUAGAGGUGAAAGGAGGCCUGGAGACUGGAAGUGAUGGAAUCAAUGUAGACACCCCCCCCCCCGCUUUUAAAAAAGGAAAAGGAAAUACUCCCAGAAUGCCACUGGCCAGAGGAGGCAGACUGAGCCAUCUUUGUCAGAGACAGAGAAUCGCUUGAGAAAACUAUCUGGUGUUCUGGGCUGCCGAACCAACCUUAAAGAUUCAACCCCAAAAUGGAGACCUCCCAAAUUCAUGGCGGUCCUGAGGACUAGAAAUCUGAAACAGCCACUUUGCAAGUCUUUGGGGAAACUGUGCAUUGUGCCUUUUUGGUCCCAGGAGUUUUGGACCCUGGAGGGGGUGGGUGGGGGGGAAAAACCCAAGAGAUUUGAACCCUGAUGCUGAAAAAUGAAAAUUGGCUGCCAGGAUGGGGAAUAAAUCCAGUAUAAGGAUAUAGAAUUUGCUUGUUUCCGGUUCUUCAGAAGCUAGAGAAAUUUUCAUUUCCUUUUAAAGGCAAGCUUUAAAAACCAACAAAAGCUGCCUCUUAGCUGUGCCAUUGGAUAGACCAGGGAUGUGUUGCUGCCGGCAUUACUGCCGGUUCGGUUCUCGCACACAGUUGCCUGUAAAUAGGUCUCCACAUGCGCAGAACAUUAAAAAUGCCCCCCCCCCAAAAAAAAACACCAUGCUACCAGGGUACCAGUUUGGGGGCGUUGCGAGUCUGCUGUCCUUACUGGU